UAUAUAAGGAGUAAAAGAUGUGGCAAAUAAGGUGUAAGUCUUGGGCCACCUAAAUUCUUUUGGUGGGCACCAAAAGGCCCAAAGAAUAAAUAAUUUAAACGCAUGUUCAGAUUUGCGAUUGCAACGGAAUCAGAACGGUGGGCGGUGGUGGGUUUCGGAGGUAAAAAGCCAACAAGUACAAUUCUCAGCAUGCCUCGUUACAAAGACGAACCCCCGGCGGUUCGCGUCUAUACAGUCUGCGACGAAUCCAGAUAUUUGAUUGUGAGGAACGUUCCCUCGCUGGGAUGUGGCGAUGACUUGUUGAAACUCUUCGCUACUUAUGGAGACGUUGAAGAAUGCAAACCGAUGGAUGCAGAAGAUUGUGAGCAAUUUACCGAUGUUUAUUGGAUCAAAUUUCGACUCAUCAGCAAUGCCAGGUUUGCGAAGAAAAAAAUGGACGAGUUUGUUUUCUUGGGGAACCGUUUGCAGGUCUCAUAUGCUCCUCAAUUUGAGAGCCUUGAUGACACUAAGGAUAAGUUAGAAGGCAGAAGAAAGGAAGUCCUUGCAAGAUUGAAGCCUCAAAGAUCUAAAGGGCAUCCAGUUCAUAAUCCGUUCACUUCCAAUGAGGCUCCAUCCCUUGCUGCUUCAUCUCAACAACUUCCCAAGCAGACAAAUUCUAGGCUGAGGGGUGUUGGAGAUUCAGAUUACAAGUCUCACACUAUUAAUAAUCCAUUAACCAGAGUGUCAUCUGACAAGGAUUACUUCCCUUCCCAGUCAAUGAAUCAGGCAGUUAAAAUGGUCAGGGACAAACUUAACAAGAUUCAAUCAAGCACUGAGCACUUACAAGCUGGACCUGCACCCAAGAAAACACGAGUGGACAAUAGAAAAAGAAUCUGAAGAAAUUUUUAGAAUGGAGUAGGGGGCUGAACGUGAAAAGUGUGUUAAUUCUAUCUUUGCCACAACUGUUUUUUACUGCCCAUGAUAUCCUUCAUUUAGUCGUCACAUAUGUUGUAAAUCUUGGUACAGUUCAACAUAAACAUCAUUUGGUUUAUGUGUAAUUAACUAUUUGGCAAGUAGAAAGAAUGUCUUUGGCAUUGAA